GUAGUAGGGGGGGGGCUUAUUUAAAAUGGUGGCUGAAAGUCACCUUCAUUUCUGGCUCUAAAAUUUGGCACCCAUACUUUUAACAGAGACCAUAACUGUUUAAUAUUGCCUACCAAGGAUCAUCUCUUCAAGCUGAAUUAUCCUUACGGCCAUUAGAAGAUUGAGAAGCUCAAAACAGGGCAAUGAAUCACGGGAAUGGAGUAGUAGGCGGAGUGGGAGGAGGAGGAAUGAAAGGGAACGAGACAGACUGUAUUGUAGAGGUAUGGGCCAAGAACAUGGAAGAGGAGUUUGCUAGAAUAAGACAAAUCGUUCAAGAAUAUCCCUACGUAUCCAUAGAUACCGAGUUUCCUGGUGUAGUGGCUCGGCCGAUUGAGGAUUUUGGGAGCCAGGCCGACUACCAGUACCAGCUGGUCAAGUGUAACGUGAACCUCCUCAAAUUAAUGCAAUUAGGACUCACUUUUUAUAACGAGAAGGGAGAGAAGCCCCCUGGGCCAUCGACGUUCCAAUUUAACUUCAAAUUUAGCUUAAACGAAGACAUGUAUGCUCAAGAUUCUAUUGAUAUGCUACACGACGCUGGUCUCUUGUUUAAGAAACACGAAGAAGAAGGAAUCGCUGUGAUGGAUUUCGCCGAAUUACUGAUAUCCUCUGGUUUGGUCCUUUGUGAAGACGUGGUAUGGAUAGCAUUUGCUAGUUCUUAUGAUUUCGGUUAUCUGAUUCGGUUGUUGACCAACGAGAAUCUACCCGAAGAUGAACCUGACUUCUUUCAACUCAUUUCUUGCUAUUUUCCACAAAUCUACGACGUCAAGUAUCUCAUGAAGAGUUGCAAGAACCUGAAAGGGGGACUCCAGGAAGUCGCAGAUUUUCUAAGACUUGAGAGAAUUGGUAUACAGCAUCAAGCUGGGAGUGACAGCUUCAUAACAGGAUCGGCCUUCUUUAAAAUUAAAGAAGAGUUUUUUGAUGACACUAUCGAUGACGACAAGUAUUGUGGUAAUGUGUUUGGACUGGGUAAUGCAUACCCAAGCAAUGGAAACGGAUACGAGACAUCACAAUAAUAACUACAAUUAGCAUAUAUCAUCUUUCUAUUACUUCUCCUGGCCCUUUCCCUAUAAAAUACAGAUGCAGAGGAGGGAAUUUAUUCUUUUUUGUUAUAUUAUUAUUCUUAUCUAUUCAUAUAAAGGUCUGGCACUCUCCCUCCCUCCCUUUUUCUCUCUUCUCUCUCUCUCUCUCUCAUGCCUAUAUUGUACAUACAUGGCUCUCUCUCUCUUGUGUUUUUUUGCUACUUACUUCAUUAUCUUUUUCAUUUAAUAUUAACAUAAUUAUA